AUGCAAUGGAGGGGACGUUGCCAGACGGCGAUCCCUAGCGGGACGGCGGAAGCACCUCUCGAUCGCGAGGAGCUGCGCAUCAAGAGCCACAUGGGCAGGUUCUCGCAUCCCUUGCGGUCUUUCCCUGCGUCGCCCGGCGAGCCGGGGCGCGGCCUGGCACCUGAGCAAGUGUCGUUGACCGACGCCGAUUACGGACUCCGCGGCGGCGAGCCGGAAGGCUACAGCUCUGCAGAAUUCGGAUCCAUUCCGGCGUCCGCUCACAGGCGGGUGUCGCUUCCGGGGUCAGUGUCUUUACGUUACGCCAAGUCCAUCCAGGCGAAGCGUGCCCAAGAUGAUCGGCUCUGCCGACCGGGUACCAAAGCCCACCUCGACCCUGAUCCGUCCGUGCAAAGUGUGGGGUGUACCGAUCAAACGGCGCGACAGGGUCGAGCAGCAACAGCAGCAGCAAGGCUCUCUGAUGGCGUCACUCUUUCACUGCGGCUCGAGCAUCACAAUGCGGUCCACAUGUUCAGUGCGGAGAUUUUCGAGACGUCGCCUUGGGCACGACUGAUGGACUCCACCGACGUGCCCGAGUCGCAUCGCCAGUGA